AUGAUGCACUUCUCUUCCCCUCGCGCCAUCGUGUCCAUCGCCACAGUGGCAGUGGCAGUCCUUGCGACUGUUUGCAGCGCCGCCAGUCUGCCCCGCCUUCCGGUCGAAGCCGCCCUGGACAGGCGACAGGGUCCCAAUCUCGUCUACCCCGGCAACGAAGCCGUCCAGACGGGUGCGUUCAACCUGACGGCCUUUAUCGUGCCUAUUCCGACGGCGGACGCAGCCAAGCUGGCGGGACCCUUCCCCCUUCUCCCUCAUGGUCUCCCUUCGUCCGUCGUCCCCGCCGGCAUGCACCCGCUUAUGGUGCACGUGGGCUACUUCAGCGAUCUGCGGCAGGACGUGGUGGGUCUGCUCCCGAUCCGCAUCGACCGGCUGCGGGCGGCGUCGUUCUACAUCCCCUUUGUCGAUCGGAUCGGAACGGGCCGGCCGUUUGCGCGCAGCGUCGUGACGCUGCAGGACGAGCUGGUGCCCGUCAUCGUCUCGAGGCUGACGGGCUUGAUCGACAACCGACUCGCGUCGUUCGAUCCUCCCCGCGCUGCGUACAAGGAGCAGGGCGGUCGACUGACCACCUCGGUGUUCCAGGGACUGUCGAUCGCCGGGAUCGGCAUCCAGCGAGCCGCCAUCACCGCCAGCUUCCGCAAGACGACGCGCGGGCCGAUUCGCGAGGACGUGCUGAGAGGCAUCAUCGGACAGCCUUACUUUGUCUCGGACCUGACCGAGAUCACCGACAGCUGCUACAAGAUCACCUACCUCUACACCUUCCCCGACGCCAACCCUUCUUUCGUAGAGGGUGCCUUGCAGUUGGAAGUGCCCACGACCCGCGACCGCUUCAACUACGAUGUGGCCUACGGCUAUACCGCCGCUACGCAAUGGAUCCUUGACCCUGGCCUCGGACGAAGCUGCCAGAGCUUUGCCUGA